AUGGCCGCCUUCAUGACCAUCGAAGAAUACCACGAGGAGCAGAUACGCGAGGAUCACCAGGAAAGUGACAAGGAGGAAGACGAUGCCAUUAGCGAGGAUAGCACGGAUGACCAAGAGGAUAACAUUCCAUUUGUCGAAGCAAAUCCUCCUGAGGUCGAGGCUGAUGGGCUGUCAGAUGUAGAGGCUACAAGUACUCGCUUUGACGAUGACAGCAAUGGUGAAUCUGGCGAGAGUGAGACAGAAGCAGUUGGAGCAGUCAAGGUCAAUCCCAAUGCUGCGGCAGCUAGCACGAACGGGGUCUCAGAGGACGAGCAAAAAUUGAACGAUGAGAGCGAUUCAGAAGAAGACAUUGAGAUAAGAGUCAGAAGCUCCGAAGCAUCAGGGACAGAUUCUGAAAGUAGCGAAUCGGAGAUGGAAGAAUUUCAAGCUUCUGGAAGCAACGAAGACGAAGACGGAAGACCUGCAGACAGUCAGAACAACUGCAUCUUCUGUGAACAAGGCGAGGAAGAUGACCCUAGCGAAGAUUUUGAGCCAUACCUUUCAUGUCUUGUCUGCGGAGAGCAUUCGCACUAUCAGUGUGCACGAGAAAAUAAUGCGCUUGGACAAGAAAGGGACAAUGAAGGGUGGCUGUGUCCUUCUUGCGCUGAGAUAGAGCAAACACCGGAGUCUCCAGAAGAGAAGUUUUCUCGACCUCGAAGCUCUGCCCCACGCCUUGUUCGUGAUCUACUACCUGUUACACGAGGUGUACAGAAGAGAGACUCACAUUCAAUAUUCGCCCAACCUCUGAUUUCAGAAGGAGAAGACAUGGAUGGAUUCCGCAAACUACGUAAGAGAAAGUCCCCGACCAACGAACUUCCAGGUAGCGCAGAGAAGAAACGACGAAAAGCUACGCCCCGUCCUCUUUCGGAGGCUGUCUCGAAUAAACAAGAAGAUGACGAUGAGAUGGAUGAGCUCACCACGUCGCCAUUGAAAGGGCCGUCUGGGUCGACUCGGCGUGCCAGUCAGAAGAACGUACCACCUAUCAGAGUCAUUCAGCACCGGCCUCUGAACAAACCACCGGCCAAGUUCAUCCUGGCCUUCCACCUCGAGCCAUCCAAAUUAGCAAGAAUAUUUGGUAGAAAAGCGAAGCCGAAACGAGUCCGCGAUCGGAAGAGACCACCACGAAUCCAGCCUCCACCCUCUUCAGCCUUUCAAUCUCCCCCACACAAGUUUCCCGCCUUGCCUACCAAUAACCUUAUCUUUCCCUCCAUCCUUCACGAACGCGACCACGAAGUCAAUUCUAAACCAUACGGGGGCAUUCUCAGUGAAGCCGAAGCGGAUACUUCUCGAACUCUUCCGAGCUUGAGAGAUCGUGAGAUUUUCGAAGCUGCCAGAAAAGAAGCAGAAGAGGAACGGAGAAAGGCCUCCUUAGCCGCAGAAACCGACACCACAAACCCUGAAUUUGCAAACAACCCACCAACCACCGCUCGUUCCACUCGCACAGUCUCCGGCCCACCGAGUAAGAUCAAAUGCAUCCAGUUUGGCCGCUUCAUCAUCGAUACCUUCUAUGCAGCUCCCUACCCUGAAGAAUACUCUCACGAAUCCCGCCUCUUCAUCUGCGAAUUCUGCCUUAAAUACCUCCCCUCUGAACCAGUCGCCUACCGCCAUAAACUCAAAUGCCCAGCCAAACACCCGCCAGGAGACGAGAUUUACCGCGACGGUAGCAUCUCCAUUUGGGAAGUUGACGGUCGCAAGAAGACAGAGUAUUGCCAAUGCCUCUGCCUAAUGGCAAAGAUGUUCCUUGGUUCCAAGACUCUCUACUACGAUGUCGAGCCCUUCCUCUUCUACAUUCUGACCGAAUACGAUGAUCUAGGCUACCAUUUUGUCGGCUAUUUCAGCAAAGAAAAGCGACCCCAAUCCCUCAACAACGUCUCCUGCAUCCUCGUGAUGCCCAUCCACCAACGAAAAGGCUACGCUACCUUCCUGAUUGACUUCUCUUACCUCCUCACGCGCAUCGAGGGCAAAGAGGGCUCCCCGGAAAAGCCGCUCUCAGACAUGGGCUUGACGGCAUACCGAUCGUAUUGGGACCUCACCAUCUCACAUCACCUUCUCGAUCUGGCCUCCGGAUCUAAAUCUACACCCUCCUUCUCAGCACGCACCCUUAUGUCUAGAACCGGCAUGACAGCCGACGAUGUAAUCCACAGCCUCGAACGCCUCUAUGCAUUUGUCCGUGACCCCGUCACGAAAACCUAUGCGAUCCGUUUCGACAGAAAAUUGUACGAGCAGAUUAUCAGCGAGAAUGAGGCCAAAGGGUACAGGAAAUUGAGGCCGGAGAAACUGGUCUGGACGCCGUAUGUGAUGGGGAGGAGUGAUCACGCGGCUCUGGAUGGGAAGCACAUGCAUACUAUGGCGCCAAGAGAGGGGAGUGCUGAGGCAGAGGAAGGGGAAGCAAGGGCAGAUACGAAUGGAGAUGAACAAGCCGAUGAGGUGAAUGACACAAGGAAUGAGCAGGAGCAGGACGACGAUGCUGAACCGGACGCCACGAAGUCAUCCAGAAAGCUUAAGGGCAAAGGCAAGAAUAAAGGUAAAGGUAGAUUCACAUCUCAAAGUCAGUCUGCAGGAUUGUUCGAAAACCCUAGUACAAACGGUGCACCGAUCAAUGAACUCGGCCACCCGGCGCCCGCUCCACCAUCCACCUCAAUGCUCUCAGCAACCGUUUCAACAGAGAUCACACAGGCGAACACCAACCGCAUCAACGGCACUACCGAACCAGUUCCCGCCGAAACCCGCAACGGCCCGCAUUCUGACGCUCCCUCUUCAUCAUCAACAGUACCCACAACCACAAAACCGGCCUCCGAAAGAUCAACCGAAGAGGUCUUGACAGGCUACGCCCUCGCCUAUCGCACCCACAAAAUUCCCCCCUCCCGCUUCGAGAUCGACCCACCCAUCCCUUCUGCUAUGCUUGCUUUUGCCCGUGGCCGCAGCAAGAAGAGAGCGUUCGGCUCCGCUUUUGGUAGCAGCGCUAGCGCAAGGAGGCAGUCAAACACUGCUACUAUGAAUGGGAGUGGUGCUGCAGGUGGCACUGGCGCCGAUGGGGUGAGCACGCCCAGCGUGGGUAUGAUGAAUCCUCCUGCUAGUGCGCGUGUGAGGAGUUCGCCGAGACAUGCUCAGCAGGUGAAUGGGAAUGGAAACACGAAUGGCAUUGGGAUUGAAGGGAGAGUCGGUCAAGUGACGCCUUUGGGUCGGUUGUCUAGGAUCAGGUCGCAUGGAACCCCCAUUCGAAGGAGUGCUCGAGCUAGAGAUAGAGAUGGAAAGACGGCGAUUGAUUUGACAUUGGACGGUGCAGAGAAGAAAGAAGAUGACGUGGAAAAGGACGAUGAGGAUAGUGAGAGUGGCAGUGGGAGCGAAAGUGGGAGUGGCAGUGGAAGUGAGACAAGUGAUGUGGUCGAGGAGAAUGUAGACGUUGAAGCAAGUGAAGGGGGCGAGGACGAUCAAGACGCGGAGAGUGAGGACGCAGAGGGCAGUGGUGUGGAUGACUGA